GCAAGCAUGGUUGUCAGCUCCAUAUGGGCUGGUGCAGGCUUCUCCCUGUUUGCCGGUACUCUCAGGGAACGCUCCUCGUGGCUGACUCCGUGGCUGCUGGUGGACAGCGUCUUGAUCCUAUUGACCACCGUCUUUGGUUCUGUGGGCAUCGGUGGGCUCUGUUACUCCGGGCGGUACCAAGUGGCGGCCACUUUUGCCUUCGUCAUCAGCUUCACCUUCAUGGUGAGUGUGUACAUGAAGUUGGUUGUGUGGAGCUACUACUGUGAGCUGAGAGAGCGUCGGCAUGCCACACAGCUACCAGAGCGAGUCUGACGGUGUCCUUAUGGCCUCCAGCCUGUGCUCGCCUGGGUCUGAAGAUGCCACACUGUUGGGGGCCA